GUUAAUAAUUUACGUUGCAUUUAACUAUUAAGCCAUAAACUCUGAUUAAUUUGUAACUUUUGUGUAGAAAAAAACAUUUGUAAUUUAAUAUUAAUAAUACAUGUUCUCGAUAAGUUAAAAAUAUAGACGUGUAUGAUAACUCUAGCUCAAUAGUUUUCAUGUUUUUUUAGUUUUUUUAAGUAAUACAUUUUUAUUGUUUUUGGUAAAUUUAUUGUAAACAGCUAAGCAAUAAUGAAAGGAUCUGAAAAAGGAGAUGAAUUUUUGCAAUCAUUAUUUAAAUCUUUAGACAGACUUAAGUCGAAAGAUGAUCGCAAAUGUCCUGAAAGAAAAGUGAUUGUUCGAAGGUUGCCUCCAUCAAUGACAGAGGAACGAUUUUUAAAUGAAAUUUCUCCUCUACCUGAGAAUAAUUAUAUGUAUUUUGUUCCUGGGGAUUCACAAUCUGCUCCAUUUCAUCAUUCAAGAGUUUAUAUUAACUUUUUAAAAGAUGAAGAUAUGUACAUGUUUACAGAGAAAUUUGAUGGAUAUGUGUUUGUUGAUGAUACUGGUGAUGAGUAUCCAGCUACAGUUGAAUUAGCUCCAUAUCAAAGAGUCCCUAAAAAAAAAUUGGAUAAAGAUCCUAACUGGGGUAAAAUACAUGACAAUCCAAUAUUUUUAGAGUUCAAACAAAAUUUUGAACAAAAAUCAAUUGAUACUACUCUCAAAACUACACAACAUUUUUUUGAAUCUGUUGAAGAUAAAUCUCACGAACAAGAAUCAAGUACACCUUUAUUAGAGUAUUUAUCUAAGCAAAAUGAUAGACAAAAAAUCAAAAUUACCCAUAAUGAACGUCAUAAAAAAGUAUUCAGAAAAAGAGAAAAAGAAGACAUUCGACGACCUAAAAAGGAAGAUCGGGAUGUUUCAAUUAAACAUAAACCAAUUUUAAAAAGCAAUGUAAUCAAUAAAAAACCAUUUGAUGAUAAACCUAUUAAAGAAACCAAAAAAAUUGCGAAGAAUUUCAGAGAAAAUACAUUUAGUGAAGAAGACAAUAAAAAAUAUCAUGAGGAUAAUCACAGAAUGAAAGCUGAAUAUAACUCAAAAUAUGAUGAAAUAAAGAAAGUAGAAUUUAGAAUUAAAAGUAAUUUAAAAUUAAACGAAUUUAAAAAAAAUAUUGAUAAUUUAUUUACAAAGCCGGAUAAAAGUUAUGAAAGUUACAAAGAUAAUGACAAUAGUGAAUCCAAAAAAAAACAAGAAACAUUGUUGCCUGAUCUAUCUACUAGUAAAAGUAGUUCUUCUAUGAGUCAUAGAAAUCGAAAGGAUCAAGAUUGUAAUGAAUCUGGAGAUGUUGAUAACACCAAGAAACAUUCAUCUGAAAUUGAUAGAAAGUCUAUAAGUAGACAUCUUGAAAAUCGCUGUCAAGACUCUAAAGGCGAUCGAAGAAUAAGAAAUAAAGAUCGCCCAGCUAUAGAAAUAUAUAGACCUGGUAUGGGAAGAUUGAGCAAAAUAAAAUCUGAUAAUGAUUAUCCUGAUUCAGAAUCUAAAAACUAAUUAUUUGAGGAAAUAAUGUAACUAUUAAAUAGUUACUAUUUAAUAUAGUCCCUUUUUAGAAUUUUUUUUUAAAUAAUUUACUUUGAAAUAAUUUAUUUUGAAAAUGUUAUAAGAUAUAUAUAAUUUCUUUUUAAAAAUGGGAUUUGUUGUUUUAUUUGUCAAAUUGAGCAGAGGACCAUUCAAACACAUAGCCAGAAAAUUAUUAUUGAGCAUUUACAUAACUUUAAAUAAGAAACUUCACUUUAAUCACCUUAUGUGUUGAUAUGUUAGGAGUAACAAAUCUACUUUUACAUAAAAAAAAACAAUAUCAUAUUUAUUAAGAUUUUCGUGCUGUAAAAUAUACAUUUAUUUAGAAAUAGAGGUAAUCAAUGUUUAAAUUCUAUUAAAAAAAUUAAUUCAUAACUAUAUCCUACUGCAAAAUGUUUAAAUUAAAUAUAAUUAAAUAAAAAUUAAAAAUUAUUUUAUUUUAUAAACAAAUACACAUAAAAUAAAAUAUAAAAAUACAUACAAAAUA